UGGAAAGUUAGACUGCUCUUUGGAAGACUUGGGACAGUAUGUGGUUGUGUUGUAUGAAAGAAUAAUUCAGCCGUACUACCACAUCAUUCGAAGAAAAUAUAAAAUGUAUAGCAUUUCCAAACCGAGUGGGGAUUCUGCUUAACAACACAACAGCUGCCGGAACAUGAAAUAUCGCAGACCUCCUUAAAACAACAAAGACUCGCAUCUGCUUCAUUUCAACAUUCACUGUCCGGCUUUUGAACAAUUUCGCUUUUAAUUAUUAUUAUUUUUUAAUCUGCGUGCAUUUUAAAAGUGAAUACCAUCUACGGAGUUUGCUAAUAGUCAUUGAUAGAAAUUGAGACACAACUAUUUGAACAAAGGGGAAUACAGCAUCGCUUUCCAUACUCUACGGUGAACUCAAUGAAAUAAGCUGUGAGUUCCUUUAAAUGGAGUGAGCCAUCCAUCAAGGGAGAAGCAGUGGACCUGGUGCUGCAGUUGGAACAAAACAUUUACAAGAACAGCUCUUCCUGACAGAGGCCCUGUUAGCCAGCUACUGAGGCGGUGUCUUCUGGUGUGAGGCGGCCAUUUUCCUGGGCUGUGAAGCUGCCGGGAGACCCAAGCGCCAUCAGGUGAAAGACAGGGAGUGAGUGGAGAGAACAUUAAAGAAUAUUAAUACAUAAAAAGGCUUGGAUGCUAAGGGCACCAUGGAUAGCCCGGCCCUUGAGUCCAAAGCGGAGCGGAUCGCUCGGUACAAGGCGGAGAGGAGGAGGGCGCUGGCAGAGCGCUAUGGCACCCCAGAGGAGGUCUCCUCUAAAUACGUGAGGAGAGACAAGAGAGAGGCCUCGGAUACCGUUACCAAGGGACUCGAUGAGACUCUAAAGGCCAAUGUCUCUGAGCCUGACGGCGACCAGCCUGGUAAAGACAGGGUGUCUGCAGGGGGUCCCGGCGACAAGACGGGCAGGCAGAGGGAGGAGACUCUAGGGAGCGUGCCGGAUGUGGAAGAAGGUGGAGGUGUCUGCAAGGACACCACAAACGCACCUACACAAGAGCCUGUCACAAAAAAGGUCUCUAAUGGCAAUGAGAUGGGUUCCACUAAGGAGGCAUCCUCCAAUAACAGCUCGUCGGAAACCUUGGAAGGGAAGAGGCCAAAAGCUGAUGUGAAGUCGGGUGACAGGGCCAUGUUCGGCAUCGCUGCCAAGAUGUCUCUUUUUGAAGAGCUGGAGAAGACUUCCGCUACUGCCCACGAGCCUCGCUCCCAGCAUUCCAAUGAGCACCGAGCUCUCGCACAAGCCCCCUCCGAUGAGAAAAUGUUAGCCACUACAAGUCUGCCCAAGGUAGCUCUGUCAGACAAGGCUGGGGCCAAGGAGGAGGUGGAGGAGGUGUUCCCUCCCCAGGACGAAGCGGAGUCAGUAAUGGAGUCUGCAGACAGACGGAGGCAGAAGGGAGGACACUGCAGCCCACAGCCCGUCUCCAAGGAGGAGGUGGAAAUGACCAAGGUGGACGAGGUGCAGUCGGAGCCCCGGGGCCCCAGGGCCGCCGUGCGGAGGCAGGACUCCGAGCCGCGCGAGAUCAGGAGCAUUCUGAAGAAGAGCCGCUCCACCAGCGUAGAGACGGACCCGGGCGACACGGGAGUCCCUCCGUACCGCGCGACUGCAGAUGAGCAGGCCGGCAACGGCCACGGAGGGGCACUGCUGACUGAGGUUCAGAAUCAGAAGGAGGAGGAGGAGGAGGAGGAGAAGGAGGAGCAGGAGGACGAGGAGGAGGAGGAGGAGGAAGAGGAAGAUGAAGAAGAAGUGGAGGACGACGAGGACAGCGAAGCCGAUGCCCCUGUGGCAAGUGGGGAGACCCCAGAGGGGUCAGAGGAUGAGGGCAGCUUCCAUUCCUCUUCUCCUUGGACUCCGAGGGGUAGGAACAGCUCCUCCAGCUCCCGGGAAGAUUUCCCCGGCAAGCAGUCAUCCGAGGAUCUGCCCCGAACCUUCUCUCUGUCCGAAGAGGGAGAGGACCUCGACAGUCUUGAUGGGAGCAUGAGCUCCUCGCUGAAAGACAGGCUGGUGGAUAUGCUGGCCCCUGAGGAAGACUGGAGGAGCAAGCUGAAGAAGACCAAGCCCAGCGAGGUGAUCCAGACGUCCCUGGCUGACCGCUGCAACUUGCUCCAGGAUGCCGAGAAUUCCUGGAAGAAGAAGAAGUCCGGGGUGGGAGUUGAGACCAAGGUGUCGCUGGCAGACCGGAUGCGCAUUCUGCAGGAGAAGGAGGAGCAGUGGAAGAGCAAGGGGAAAGGCGCCGCAAAUGAUUCCACCCAGUUCACCGUCGCCGGGCGCAUGGCCAAGAGAGGCCUCGUCAAAGAAGAACAGCUCACCUUCUCCAGCAAGAAGACUUCCUCAGGAACCCCAGUCAAGCCACUUGAAGAGAUCUCCACCCGCACUGACAUUGAAGUUGAAGGGGACAAGAGGCUGGACAAGCUGGAGUCCUUCCUGGACAAGCUGCAUAACAAAGGCAUGGGGCCCCGGGAGACCUCCAUCAAGGUGACAGCGGAGACGGUGAAGGAGGUCAUGACGCUGGACGAUGAGGAGACGUUCGGCCGCUUCUACAAGACCGUGUCCCCCUCCACCCUCGGCUCCAGCGACUCCUCCCACACCCUGCAGGACUUCAGCUCCAUCGAGUCCAACACGCCCAAGCUAACGUCCGCAGUUGCCGAACACAAGCGGGCAGUGCGCCCACCUCGGAAGACGCGCGCCUCCCGGAACCCCCUGCGGGUGCUGGCAGCGCGCGACGACAUCAGGAAGGAGUACACUGAGCAGAGGCUCAACGUGGCCACCGUGGAGACCAAGAGAAUACAAGUGGAGAGGAUGGCUAAGCACUCCAGGCUGGCCGACGCUGCCCUGGCAGGGCUGGCCAGCAAGGAGAACUUCCGGAACGUGCAUCUGCGCAACGUCAAGUCCACGGAGGUGGUGACUAACAACAGCGCCCUGCCCUUCAAAAAGCUCAUGCUCAUCCACAUCAAAGGGCGAAGGCACGUGCAGGUGCGUCUGGUGGAGCCGACCGCGCGAUCGCUGAACAGCGGGGACUGCUUCCUCCUCAUCACGCCCAAACACUGCUACCUGUGGACCGGGGAGUUUGCCAACGUCAUUGAGAAAGCCAAGGCCUCGGAGAUGGCGUCUUAUGUGCAGACGAAGCGUGACCUGGGCUGCAAAGCACCACAGGUGACCAUCCUGGAGGAGGGAAUCAACACAGACAACCACAGAGCCAGAGAGUUCUGGAACCUUGUGGGUGGAAGGACCGAGUAUAAAGGAGCGGGUGACCCAGAAGAGGAUGAGCUGUUUGAGACCGGGGUGGUGGAGUCGAACUGCGUGUACCGUCUGGUGGAGGACCGGCUGGUUCCCCACGAUGAGGCCUGGGCCUCCAUCCCCAGUGUCUCCAUGCUCAACUCCAAAGAGGUUCUGCUGUUUGACUUCGGGAGCGAGGUGUAUGUGUGGCACGGUAAAGACGUGCCCCUGAGUGACAGGAAGGUGGCCUCGCAGUUGGGAAAGCAGCUCUGGGGGGGCUCCUAUGACUACAGCAGCUGCAGCGUCAACCCACUGGACCCCUCUGCCUUCAAUCCAGAGAUAAAGCCGCAGGGUGAGGGGCGGCCCAGCUGGGCCCUGUUCGGCCGCCUGUCGGAGCACAAUGAGACGGCUCUCUUCAGGGAGAAGUUCCUGGACUGGGCCGAGAGGAGCAGCUCCAAGGAGGAGGCCGCUGUGGAGGAGGUGAAGAGUCCCGUGAACGCGGCGCCUCACGAGUCCGAGCUGCGGCCCUGCGACGUGAAGGCCCUGCUGGCGGGCGGGGGCGCGGCCGUGCGCACGGUGCUGGAGGGCGUGAACGUGCAUCGGGGGCACGGCCUGGUGCGCAGCGAGGACGGCCGGCAGGCAGAGCUGGCCACCAUCGCCGUGGACGUCUGGCACAUCCGAGAGUUCGACGACUACGAGAUCCCCAAGGAGAGCUUCGGCCAGAUGCACGAGGGCGACACGUACGUGAUCCGCUGGAAGUACUCCGUCACCAACGUGGUCGGGAAGAGGCAGCGGCCAGGGGAGCUGAGCAGUGGAGCUCCCGGGCGUGAGCGCACCGCCUGCUUCUUCUGGCAGGGCCGUCACUCCAGUGUCAGCGGGAAGGGCACCUCAGCGCUCAUGACCGUGGAGCUGGGCAACCACAGGGGGGCACAGGUGCUGGUGGCCCAGGGGAAGGAGUCCCCCUGCUUCCUGCAGCUCUUCCAGGGCGGUCUGGUCAUCCACAAAGGCAGCCGGGAAGACAGUGCUGCCAACACAGGGGGCUGGCGUCUGUUCUGCGUGCGAGGCGAGGAGGCGGAGGAGGGCUCCCUGGUGGAGGUGGACUGUCGCUGCUCCAGCCUCCGCUCCCGUGCCUCCCUGGUCCUGCUCGACGGCCAGAAGGGGGCGCUCUUCCUGUGGCAUGGCUGCAAGUCCCACGUAAGGGCUCGCGAGGUGGGCCAGAAGACCGCAGAGCGGCUCACACAGACGUGUCCUCCUGAGCUGGGGCUGAGCAGUAACAGCAGUGUGAAAAUAGAGGAGGUGGAGGAGGGCUCUGAGCCGGCCGAGUUCUGGAGCGCCCUGGGGCAGCAGGACAGGAAGGCCUACGACUGUAUGCUCAAAGACCCGGGCAAGUACAACUUCACCCCCCGGCUCUUCCACCUGAGCGCCUCCUCAGGGGUGUUUGAGGGAGAAGAGAAGCUGAGCCCCGGCCGUGUCACAGGCUCUGUCAUGGCCCUGCCCUUCCUGCAGGAGAACCUGUACUCUGUGCCACAGCCAGCCCUCUUUCUUCUGGAUAACCGCAUGGAGGUAUACCUGUGGCAGGGCCUGCAGCCCGACGACACGGAGUGCACCGGCUCCGCUAAGAUCCGCUGGGAUAUUGAGCGGAAGUGUGCUAUGGAGACGGCCCUUCAGUACUGUAAAGAAAAGAACCGCAAGCGCCCCCCACAGGCCUACCUGAUCCUUGCAGGUGCUGAGCCUCUCACCUUUACCAACAUCUUUCCCUACUGGGAGAGAGACCCCAAAAUCAAGCUGCAGGGAGAGGCAGUGCGGAACAAGGUGACGCUGGUUAAGGAAGCUCUCUCCAGGCUCAAUCAGACCCAGUACACUGUGGAGGAGCUGCUGGCCAAACCUCUGCCAGAGGGGGUCGAUCCCUUGCGCCUGGAGAUCUACCUGUCCGACCAGGACUUCCAGAGUGUGUUGGAGAUGAAACGAGAUGAGUUCAACUCCCUUCCAAACUGGAAACAAAUCAACCUGAAGAAAAGUAAAGGACUGUUUUAAAAGCCAGAGGAAAUAAAUAUGUUCUUCUACGCUAUUUCUGUAAACCAAAAUAAUUAGUCAUCACUUUGUAUAUUUCUUGUUUUUAAGAAAAGCGUAUUUUCUUGUAAAGCGUCCGUUCAAUGUACAGUUCAUACCUCGCAGAUGUAUCUUUUUAAAGGGUUACAGUUUUUUCUUACAUCUUUUCAAAGGUGGCAAUAUUACAGUUAUGGCAUGCUAAAUUGUACUUACAAGUUUAAAGGUAACUUUGGGGGACAGGACUGCCUAUUCUUUCAAAAUGUAUCAAAAUUUUGAAUAUGUAUCACUAUAUACAAGCCUGAAAUAUAAAUAUGUAUCAUAAUUACAUUUUUUCUUAUUCUGUGGGAUUGGAUUGAUAGAAAAGAGAUAAUGAAACGCCAAAACCAAAGCUGUGCUUAUAGUGCAAGUACAAACCAUGCUAAUGUAUGUUUCCAGUAGGAAUAUGUCAAGGGUCUCAUCCCUGAACUUUUAACUGCCUCAGUACCCAUGAACUGUACUGCAUAAAAGAGUGAUGUGCUGCAUUUAAAGCCAACAAUACUGUAUAAACACAUGCAGAACACUAUUGUGAAAAACAAACUGUAGUCUGUUUUUAAAUAAAAUGUAAUGUUUUGUAACAAA